CUCCUAACCAUUCUGUCCUGAUCAUUUGGACCCGGGAGGAACGUCCCUGCUUGCGUCUAGGGGCGGAAGGUGGACGAGCUGCGCACGGCCCCGCCAGGGCUGGUAGUUUUCAGACCGUCCCUGCCGAGGCCCGCUCGCCCGGCAGCCCUGCGGCUCCCGCGGUGGCGGCGGCGGCCCCAGGCUCGAUCCAGCCCAGGUAGCCGCCUCUCAGUCUCUGGGGGCGCUGUGACCCUGCUCCUGGCUGUGUCUGGGACCCCCGUUCCCUGAAGCACGGCUGCUGGAGAGUGAUCCCCACUGCUACUGAUGGUGCUUCUUCUGCUCCCCUACUAGCAGGAGUGACUCCUACCCGGAAGUGGACUUUGGAGGAGGGUCUGUUAGACCAUAAUGGAAGCCAGACAAGGAGAUCAGCUGACUCAGGAGCCAGAGUGAGAGCCACGCACUCUCCGCCCCAGCCUGCACCAUGAACUUGCCUUCCCCUUCUGCUUGUUGAGAGCCAAGGGAUAUGGUACACUGCUAGAGAGAGAUGGCUUUCUUUUCUCCCUGGAAGUUGUCCUCUCAGAAGCUGGGCUUUUUCCUGGUGACUUUUGGCUUCAUAUGGGGGAUGAUGCUUCUGCACUUCACCAUUCAGCAGCGAACUCAGCCCGAGAGCAGCUCCAUGUUGCGGGAGCAGAUCCUUGACCUCAGCAAAAGGUACAUUAAGGCACUGGCAGAGGAGAACAGGAACGUGGUGGAUGGACCUUACGCUGGUGUCAUGACAGCCUAUGAUCUGAAGAAAACGCUCGCUGUGUUACUGGAUAACAUCUUGCAGCGCAUCGGCAAGCUGGAGUCAAAGGUGGACAAUCUCGUCAAUGGCACAGGAGCGAAUUCCACCAACUCCACUACGGCUGUCCCCAGCUUGGUAUCGCUUGAAAAAAUUAAUGUGGCUGAUAUCAUUAAUGGAGUUCAAGAGAAAUGUGUAUUGCCUCCUAUGGAUGGCUACCCCCACUGCGAGGGGAAAAUCAAGUGGAUGAAGGACAUGUGGCGCUCGGACCCCUGCUACGCAGACUACGGAGUGGACGGGACCUCCUGCUCCUUUUUUAUUUACCUCAGUGAGGUUGAAAAUUGGUGUCCUCGUUUACCUUGGAGAGCAAAAAAUCCCUAUGAAGAAGCUGACCAUAAUUCAUUGGCGGAAAUCCGCACAGAUUUUAACAUUCUCUACGGCAUGAUGAAGAAGCAUGAGGAGUUCCGGUGGAUGAGACUUCGGAUCCGGCGAAUGGCUGACGCGUGGAUCCAAGCAAUCAAGUCCCUGGCAGAGAAACAAAACCUCGAGAAGAGGAAACGGAAGAAAAUCCUUGUUCACCUGGGGCUCCUGACCAAGGAAUCGGGCUUCAAGAUUGCAGAGACAGCAUUCAGCGGUGGCCCUCUUGGUGAACUGGUUCAGUGGAGUGACUUAAUCACAUCUCUGUACCUGCUGGGCCAUGACAUCCGGAUCUCAGCCUCGCUGGCUGAGCUCAAGGAGAUUAUGAAGAAGGUUGUUGGAAACCGGUCUGGCUGUCCAACUGUAGGCGACAGAAUCGUUGAGCUUAUUUAUAUUGAUAUUGUGGGACUUGCUCAAUUUAAGAAAACACUAGGACCAUCCUGGGUUCAUUACCAGUGCAUGCUCCGGGUGCUAGACUCCUUUGGGACAGAACCUGAGUUCAAUCAUGCAAGUUAUGCCCAGUCGAAAGGCCACAAGACGCCCUGGGGAAAGUGGAAUCUGAACCCGCAGCAGUUUUACACCAUGUUCCCUCAUACCCCAGACAACAGCUUUCUGGGCUUCGUGGUCGAGCAGCACCUCAACUCCAGCGACAUCCACCACAUUAACGAGAUCAAAAGGCAGAACCAGUCCCUUGUGUAUGGCAAAGUGGAUAGUUUCUGGAAGAAUAAGAAACUCUACUUGGAUAUCAUUCACACGUACAUGGAAGUGCAUGCCACUGUUUAUGGCUCCAGUACCAAGAACAUUCCCAGUUACGUGAAAAACCAUGGUAUUCUCAGUGGGCGUGACCUGCAGUUUCUUCUCCGGGAAACCAAGCUGUUCGUUGGGCUUGGAUUUCCUUAUGAAGGUCCAGCUCCCCUGGAGGCCAUCGCGAAUGGAUGUGCUUUCCUAAACCCCAAGUUCAACCCUCCCAAAAGCAGCAAAAACACAGACUUCUUCAUUGGCAAGCCAACAUUGAGAGAGCUGACAUCCCAGCACCCUUACGCAGAAGUCUUCAUUGGCCGGCCACACGUCUGGACUGUGGAUCUUAAUAACCGAGAGGAAGUAGAAGAUGCAGUAAAAGCCAUCUUAAACCAGAAGAUUGAGCCGUAUAUGCCAUAUGAGUUCACGUGUGAAGGCAUGCUGCAGAGAAUCAAUGCUUUUAUUGAAAAACAGGACUUCUGCCAUGGCCAAGUGAUGUGGCCGCCCCUUAGCGCCCUGCAGGUGAAGCUGGCUGAGCCCGGGCAGUCCUGCAAACAGGUGUGCCAAGAGAGCCAGCUCAUCUGUGAGCCGUCCUUCUUCCAACACCUCAACAAGGAAAAGGACCUGAUGAAGUAUAAGGUGAACUGCCAAAGCUCAGAACUGUACAAGGACAUCCUGGUGCCCUCCUUCUACCCCAAGAGCAAGCACUGUGUGUUCCAAGGGGACCUCCUGCUCUUCAGUUGCGCCGGGGCUCACCCCACACACCAGCGGAUCUGCCCCUGCCGGGACUUCAUCAAAGGCCAGGUGGCCCUCUGCAAAGACUGCCUAUAGCAUAGCCGCCCUGAAUUCAUUCAGAUGGGAAAGAUGUGGCUCCACUGGGCAGGGCCAAGGAGUCCAAAGACAUUCAGGGACUCUGACCAGAGCCUGAGAUCUUUGGUCCAGGGCUUGGAUUUAGUACUGCUCCAGCCGUAGCCAGCACAUCCCAGUUUACACCAAAACCACAAGAGAACAGAGGUCAGAGCAGGGGCCUGAGUUCUCCCUGGUGUAAUGAAUGUCCUCUCUCUCUGGGAGAUGCAGGGAAAUGCAGCUGCUCCCGGAUUUUUUUUUUAAAAAAGAAGGGAUAAAAGUCUGGAGACUCUUCAACUGAAAACAAAACAGGAAGAGGGAUUGAGCCAACUAGGAAGGACUUUGGGGACAAUCCUAAACCAAUUAAUUUAUUUAUUUGGGAGGAUGGGGGCGGGCUUGGGAGGGAGGAAAGGGGUUGAACAGGUUUUUUUUUUUUGUUUGUUUCUCACUGUUAAUCACCCACCUUCAGGACCUUCUUGUUCUGCAGCAUCAAGCAGGAUGCAGAGGGGCUUGUGGCAUGCUUGAGGGCAGCUGUGGGAGCAUGACUCCUGGUGACAAGUGACAGCAGAGAAAAAAAGAUGGCUUUAAGUGGAGGGAUGUAGCUCAGUUUGUAAAAUGCUCGCGUAGCAUACGUGGGGUCCUGGGUUCCAUCCUCAGCACCACACAAAACCAGGUAAGAAGCAGAGGCGGGAGGACCAAACAUUCUCCUUGGCUACAUAACAAAGUCAAGGCCUUUGUCCCCAAGUCUAGGCUACAAGAGACCCAGUCUCAGAAAAUGGGGGGAAUGGCCUUGAAAACACAGCCAGCCACUGUCAAAGCAUUGUCAGAGCCAUUGGAUCCUAUGUGUACUUGGCAGGUGGCAGCUGAAAGGCAGGUGACCUUGGUGGGGACAUGCCUGUGGUGUCCUGAGGGCCCCACCGAGUUCCAAAGACGGGCUGGACGCAGAUGAGAGAGGCUGCUUUCCUGUGUGUCUCCUCCUCCUCCUCUUCUUCCUCCUGCUCCUGCUCCUUCUCCUUCCUCUCCUCCCCCUGCUCCCGCCCCCUGCCCCACCUACAUAGCUUGUUCCUAAUUUCUGGUUAGAAUUCAUCUUUGUUGAAGAAACACAGAAUUAUGUAAUUCUUGUUUCCUGCUGUGGUAAACUCAACCCUGCCCCCCACCCUCCCCAUCAAAGGCUCCAGGAGCUGCCCUUGAAUUUGGAGAGGGCAUCUCUAGCCUCCAAACAGCUAAGACUUGGAGAUGAAUGUCAGUUCUAGAGUUAGUAGCACAAGGGUUUGCGUCAUGCCCCUGUUGGUGUCUGAUAUUGCUGCAGUCCAAGGAAUUGACUCCACAAACCUGAUGGUUUCUGGGGAGGUAAGGACAGUUCAGGGUGGAUGCUAGAGAUUACCCUGGCCUAACCCCCAGUAGCUGUGGCUUACAAAGGGUUGGAGCCUGGGGCUGGCUUUUACUUGAAGCACUAUUGUUCUAUGGUAUUUGAUCCGCCCUGUGAGGGCCUGGCAGCAGUUGGCCUAGUCUAGAUGCUGCAAUCCCCACUUUUCAUACCCUGGGGCCCUUUUGUGAGUCCAUUCCUGCUGAAGUACUGCUUCUGUGAGUUUCUGGAGACACCUCCCACACUUCUCUCCAUGCUGGUGAAUGAACCAAUCCUCUUCUACCUCUAGCUGUUAGCAUUGUCCACCGGGCCCCAGCUGGUAGAGUAGACUUCCUGGUUGGCUGGUGCUGCCCAGCGCCCCCCUGUGGCCAGGUGGAGCCUCUGCCUAGCUGAACAGCAGAGCAAGGCCGUGACUAGAUGAGCCUCCAGAAGCAACAGAAAGGAUCUGCUUGUGGUGACCAAGGAGUGGGGAGAUGGCACAUGAAACUUUUAGGUCCGGGAAAUCACCUGCUCUCCUCUUGAUUUCUACCUGGGUGCAUACAUCACACCAAUCACACCUCUAGCGCCUCCCCGACCACGCCCCUUUUGGCCCUAAGUCAGACACCUCAAGGGCCUGAGAUUCUAGUCCUAGAGAAUGAAGUGGAGUCAAGAGGCAAUGACAGGGCAGGUACUGGCCCUAAACACUGACAGGGGUCCCUCAGGACUGGCUGGAAUCACCUCUGCCUAGCUUUAGCCUCCAAGCAGGCAGAACUUCAAAAGCCUACCUAUGAAGCAUCUUCAUUAGGCUUUUGCAAAGGUUUCCUGUGGCAGGACAGGAGAAAGCUGUACAGUUUCACGGGGAAGGACGCUUCCCGUAGAGUGGGCCUUUGGGCUGCACCCCAGGUUGUGGUAAUUUGCCUGAGUUUCCAGACCUGAAAAUCAGGCUCUUCUUCGGAGCACUUAAGGCAGUGGGUGACAGUGCUGACAUUCAACCAGCAGGGGGUGCCCAGCUGAAAAGAAUCCCCAUGCUGCUGAUAACCAUAGACAGGCAGGAAGGCAACUUUGUCUCCAUCUGCAGAAGCCUCCUGGCCAGGAGCUCAACUUCCCUUCACAUUCUUACUCCUCUUCUCCAGUCCAAGACCCCGAGUUACACAACCCAGAAGGGUUCUUUCUCCCAUGUCAUAAAUUCCUCUCCCUGUUUUAGGCAGAAAUAAGUAAGCUCACUUACUCUGGUGGGUUCCUGUUCUUGGGACUAACCAACCGUAGUCUAGUUUUUAAGAGAAUUAGCAAUAGGUGAGACGUUCCUGAAGGUACAGCAGCUCCCAGGCCUCCUCAGAGUUAGCAAGAUAUGGAUGGCCAAGUGGCCAUCAAGGGGAAACUGACCUACCCGGUGUAUGGGCAUUCUGACUGUCAGGUGUGGGACUGACUGGGUGCCCACAGAACUUACAAAGCAUUGGCGGUCUUGUGGGAGCUGAGCCUAUGUGUAACUGAACCUUCCACCAGGAGAGGAAUCUGAAAUCAGGACUUGUGUGUUCUGCACAAAAAUCACAGAUCACCUGAACUUUAGAGUUAUUUUCCCCUUUGUGAUGUUAGGCUCUUAAAAUAGGGGGAAAGCUUUAUCUAAUUUAUUGAGAGAAAGAAUACACUGCUUCAGAAGGUGGAAGCUUCUUUAGAGCAAGAACUCCUUAGAAGGGCCAUGUCUGGUUGGAUCCCAGCCCACGCCCGCCUCGUGCAUUUCUGUGUGUGUUCUUGUACAAAUGGAAGCACUGUAUAGAGGUUGAUUUCAUCUCUGAGAUGAAUCGUUUGUUUUAAGUGCGUGUUUGGGAAUACCCGUCUGUCCUUUUGCUGGUACGUGUCUUUUCAUUUCUCUUUGAGGUUGGAUUUUGAAGGCUGGGUGCUACGAAAGGCUGAUAGCUGAUUGUUCCAGCCUGGAAUAACGACAUUUGUCCACAGUGUGUGCACACACACAUGGCUACUUGUGUCCCCAGUGUAUGCGAGCGCACAAGACUGUAUAUAUAGUGUGUAUCCGUGUAUACAUGUGUGUUUGUGUAUGUUCCCAGUGUGUUCCCUAGAACAGGGCAGAGGGUGCCAAGAAUCCUCUAGCACCCCAGGAUCAAACCCCAUCUCUGAGUCUGAUGAUGACCAAGGCAGUGAAGAGUCUCAUGUCCCCAUGACCCUGGCCCUAGCUGACAUGUUGCUGAGGCAGAAAACCAGCCCUCAAGCCAUCUCUGUAGAAGAAGGAGCCCCCAAAUACUUCAGCUAGUUAGCAUGGUGGAGGCGAGAUGUCUACUUGCCUUUUCUUGUCCCUAGCAAAUGAAUGCAGAUGUGAAGGUGCGGUCCUAUUAGUGAGGUGGGUUGUACUGAAACUAUGUGUUGUUCAUGGGUGAGUGUGUGUUCUUUAGAUCAGACCAGGGUGGUUUACCUAGAUUGUAUGUAAUUAGGCACCGCCACCCUCUCCCAAAAUCUUGACUGAAAAGGAAAGACCAAGUAUUUUGUUAACGACAGGCUAUGCUGUAUGUGUCAUGAUUCCAAGCCUGGACUGUUUUAUUUAUUUUAAACUAUUUUAAUUUCUCUUUAUUUCCCCCCCCCCGUCUGUGUGGCUGCAGAGUGUGUCUUUGUUAGAGUAGAUGGAUGUCAGGAAUAGGUUUAUAGCCUUCAGGAAGCUAGCAGCCUGGAGCUGGGGAUGGGUUCCUCCCAUCUGUAUUGCCUUCAACAGAAAGUGAAAAGUUUUUCAGUUUGGGUUUUUGUUUUUUUACAUAUAGCAAAAGACCAAAUUAGCUGUAUAGUCUUGGAUACAGAAAAUAAGAAUCACUCUAGCUGUCCUAGCACUUAGGGCCCUGUGGGGAUUCCAUGUUUAGCACAGUGCCUGGCUCAUAGUAAGCCUGGUGAAUGUUCAGUAUUGAUAUUAGUAGUAUAUCAUAAAACCUGAGAAAUAAAGAGCUGUGCUCACCCCCUAUCUGUUGAUUCAGACAUGAUGGUUACAUAAAAAUCUUGUUGUGUCGAUCAGAUGCUGUAGGAAUUAACUGUUGCAAAUGUUUAAGCUCUGUGCCUACCUACCCUGCUCGCUGGAAUUCUAGUGUUUUCUCGAAUGCACUGAGUGAUUGGAAACUUUGUCAGUCUUCAGCACUCCAUGAAACAAGGCUGAAUUUAUUACUGAAAGUCGAACCACCACUAUGUUCUGGUACAUUCCAGGGGUUUCUUUGAGGAACUUUUUGAGCUCAAAAUUAAAAGUUCUCUCACAAGUUGCACUCCUUGAAUUAGAGUUUAAUUUAUAUUCCGCUAUAAUGCAAUAAUAGAAGCUUCAAUUUGUUUAAGGGAAAGAGGGAACGGCUAAAUGUACAGUCCCCAGGAAAUCCCUUUGCUGCCCCCUGCUGGACAGGGUGACUCCCAGCAGGCUGGUUACCUCUGCCACAUUCCCAUCUUAUCUAAGAUUAAUCCCGUGACUGGUCCCUUAAAAAAAAAAAUCUACCACCACCACCCCAAAGGAGCCAUAUGAGACCCUACGACAGGGAUUUUGACUUCUUUCUACCCUGUAGAACAACUGUGAGCGAGUUGCCCAUGUGCAACAGAGAGGCGAAUGUUCUGGAGUCCAGUUUGCUUUUUCAGUUCCUCUCGCUUCUCGGCUGAUCAGUGACUUUAUUGUUCAAGGGAUGAAAGUUUUGAAUUUACCUUCCUCAGAGCGUCAUUCUUCCCCAGAUUUUGUGGCACUUAAGGCUGUCCUAAUCCCACCCUGGCUGCCCCCCCCCCAGUCUCCACCCACCACAGCUGGAACACAUGCUGGGGGGAGGGGGGUAGUUGCCUGUGGAAGCCAGCAUGGGUAGGAGGUACACAGUAAGCAUUGCGUGAUAGCCGGCCAGGACUGUGAACACAGUCGGCAGCUCCCAUGGAAGCAGGAACGCAGCAGAUACCGGAAUCAGGUUUUUUGUUUUGAGCUCAGCCCAUGUAUUAAAGAGAAUAGUGUAACCACGAUGCCAAAGGACAUGGUGACGUCCCUUCCACUGUAGUUCUGUCACAACCUUGGUGUUAAGCUCAUGGCCGUUCGUGUCUGUGUCUUCAAAUGGAUCCUGGUUCACUUGUUUUCUACUGUCACUUCUAGGGUUAAGUCACAGGAUCCUGCAAAUGAGGUGUCGCUGUCCCCGCAUUUACUGUACAAGGCAAAAACGACACUACUUUGUUUUCCUGUGCUGUAGAGAAACUAGGGAGAACUUUAUUUUUCAAUAAACUUUUCUUGUGUGA